AUAAAAUAAAGUUGCAUUACCCUGUCCAUUUGCUGUGUGAAUGAUGAUAAUCAAUCAUAACAUCUGCUGGUGGUAUUAUGUUGUGGUUUUCUUUAAGGUAAAAACCUAAGCCAGCCAAUCGUAUUGAAAAUUUCCAGACUCCAUUAGUAUUAUGAACGAGCAGUUAUUGUUAGGAACUUGGUAGCCUUUCAAGUCUUAUACCUUAGGUACCUUUCAUACUGAAAGUUGAGUCAUUCAUACCGUUUUAUGUUCGUUAAUUGCUUUGAAGAUGCUAAAUAUGCAAUAAGUUCUGUUUUCUUCGUUUGAGGGGUUCUUCAUUGGCAGCAUUGAUACGUUAUUGCAGUAUGUGCAUUAUGGAUUAGUUUCUUUCUCUCGUGGUGGAUACAUGAUUAUCCCAUUCUUGAAAAACUCUGAAGAUGAUAACCCUAUUUCACCCAUGUAAUGUUGGUGUUUGCUUCCAAGUCAUGCCUGCAUGAUUGGGACGUGGUUCGUGGAUCAUUUCUCAAAUGUUGGUUGAUAUUUAUAGGCAUAUUUUAUAACCAACAUGGAGCCUAUCAAGUUUUGGGAGUUCACUGGAAAUGUUUGUGCAGGUCUUGGUUAUGAGAGGCCAAGGAUCAAGGUUCCUGCUGUUGCUGUAUUGCCAGUUGCUCAUGCAAUUCAGUGGGCAUAUAAUCUACUCGGCACAUAUGGGAUGAAGCUCCCAGUGCUGAUUCCUUCAAGAAUUAGGCUUCUUUCUGGCAACCGAUCAUUUAGUUGUGCAAAGGCUCAUGAACGUCUUGGCUAUACACCAAUUGUAUCACUCGAGGAUGGUUUGAAAAGGACUAUUGAGUCAUUUUCACAUCUUAAUGCUGAGAAUCAACCUAAAAGAGAUGGGCCAUCUAAGGCUUCAUUAUAUCUUGGAAAUGGAAGAGUUGCUGACACACUACUUUGGAAGGAUACCAAGAAGACACUCAUCGUGUUGCUAGUUCUAAUGGGGAUUUACUACAGUUUCAUUUCGUCUAAUUCUACCAUUAUUACUGCGACUUCAAAGCUUCUCUUGAUGGCAGCAAUUUUUCUAUUCGUCCACGGCAGAUUACCUGAGAAAAUAUUUGGGUAUAAAAUCGAAAAGAUCCAUCCGUCUGAUUUUUACUGGACUGAGAAGAAGUCUUACCAAGUUGCUCAUGUAUUAGCUUCGUUCUGGAAUGUCGGGAUCAACAUUCUAGAAUCUCUUUGCAAAGGGAAGGACUGGUUGGUUUUCCUCAAGGUUGUCUUGUCGCUGUUGAUCAUUGGCUUCAUAGGGACCAUUUCCCUUCACUCAUUGUUUGUAAUGGGAGUUCCCACAACUUUUUUAGGGUUCUACUUGUACGAAUGGAACGAAGAAGCGCUUGAUGGUUUGGUGUCGGAUGCUCUCUCUUACGGAUAUAAAUUGAAAUCUCAAAUCAUCCACAAAGUAACUGGUCCAAAACUUGACUAACAAUGAAGGCUCAUUAGAUAAACUAUGCAGUUUCUUCUUUGUGCCCCUCCCUUGGUUGACAGUUUUGUAAAGGUCACGGAAACAUACAUGGUCAGCUGGGAUACUUCUGUUUGUAUCGAGUGUUACACUAACAGCGUAAUGCAAUCUGUUUUUUGAUUUUAUUUGGCUACUAUAACUUGAUCAUUUAAACUUAUAGUAUUAGGCAUAUCAUUUGCCAGUCACCAUGGGACGGGCUAGCAUGCUAACCCCUUAAGGGGUUGGUUUUUUGACACCCCCUUUUAAUUGGUC